AUGCCGGCUCCUGUGAUCCCAGCCUCGCGGAUGCGCGACGGCCUCCAAGUCGUGCACGACUCGAUCGAACACUUUGCUAACACUUAUCGCACAUGGCUUACCCUCGCUCCGGCCUACAGCUACGGCCCAGCGUUGUCUGCUCCUUCCUCCACUCCUUCGUCCAGCUCUUCAGCGUCGUCUUGCUCUCAAAUCGAUGUCAACGCCGAAACCCUGGCUCGAGCUUACUGUCCCAUCUCAGGUCCCAGGUGGGACGAGCAUCGCGAGCGCAUCCUGGCAUCCACCUCGCUCAAAGGUCUCACUGUGCUUCGCAGCCAGGUCGAAUCCGAGCUUGCCGCGUUGGAGAGGCUCGCAGCCGAAAGGGGCAGCUGGCAAGAGCCGCAUCCUUACUCGAACGGCACCCACCACAUCCGCUUCUGGGAAGAGGUGCUUUAUGUCGCCUUCACUUUCGGUCCCGUGCUCUCACUACAGGACCGCUUCGCGUUCAGCAUGUCGGCAGCAUUACGUCGCAAGCAAAAGAUGCGCAAUCCACGUAACGAAAACAUCAACAGCCAGAGCGUCAAGGUCGAUGUUGUCUCCCAGAACGGGAAUCGCUGGACUCGUCUUUACAUCAUCAAACCAGAACGUCUGCGCCAAGAGUUCAGAGAAGCCGAGAGCUACAUGGUCGACCAAGACGACUCGAGCUCUGCCUCUGCCUCGGACGAUGAAGAUCUAGACACAUCCAGUCAGACCGAUGCCGCCGCCGAUUCCUUCCACGAGCAUCAGCACACUGCCAACUGUUCUCUUGACUCCAAAGCAGAGUCCCCUUCGACCGCCCAUACAGCACGCCACGCCGACACUCCCGCCGAAUCUCUCGCCUUUGACCUUGCCGCCAAGAAGUGUUCUCUUACGAAGCUCAUUCACGAACUUCGUGCCGCAGCAGAUACCGAAGCCAGAGCACGCGUCCGACGGUCCGAAGAGCACGGCCGCAAGCUUCCCUUUGUGCCCAUCAACGUCGAACUCGUCGUCACGCGCAUGGCUCUUCAGACACCUUCCCAGCCGCUCCCAUCCGUCUCCGGCAAGGGCAAACAGUCAGCGCUCGCUGACUUCUACCAGCUGUCUGAAUGGGAUCGCUUCAACCACAGACUCGCUGCGAUUGCUCAAGAAGCACAAAACUACAAUGUCGACCUCAUCUUUGGUUAUCGACAGCUGCCACCAAGCAUUCUGGAGCAAUACGUACCCCCAAGUAUCGGCUUGACUUGUCGCUCAGAGCAAGCCAUGCGCCUGCCCACCAUCCCGCAAGCGCCUGCUCGACCGCAAUGGCGCACCACUCGAAACAUCAAUCUCGACGUCACCGCCAUGAUCGCGCUCGUCAGCGACACAACUCACGGUAUCUUUCGCGAAGGAGGCGCGAACAACGCCCUGCUCGACCAGGCAAAGGGGCAUCCUAAGCUCGAGAACGGCGAGUACGGUUCCGGCGCGCUCUACCAGCAUCACUUUCGCACCUUCUCCAUCCGCAAAGAAGCGCUCGAGGCUAGAGCCGCCGAGCUCUCGCUGCAAGACGACCAGGAGGAUGAAGCGUCUCAGGCACUCGACAAUGCAGCAGCGAAGGAAGGCAGAGCGCUUGCCAUCCAGCUCGAGCGAGAAUUGAGCAUCGAGACGCUCUUUGAUGCCAUUCUCGGUCCCAUCUGUGGCAAGGAUGGCGACCGAGACGAUGCAUCUCGCAAAGCGGAGAAAGACGCACCUGUUCAGCUGUUUGCAACUGUUGGGGCCUUUGACCGCCUCCGUCGCGUCAGCUCCACCGUCGGAGGACCCAACGAGAAGCGACGAGUCAAAGCGCUGCUGGGCGAUGCAGGCGCCGACCCGCAAGACUUUUGGCAAGGUUCCAAGUGGGCUGGUCCAGAGCACGACCAACUGCGAAGGUGCCUUCUCCUCCCUAUCCAGCCUCUGCAAGAUCUCGGGCCUGGAGGUUUCGAGUCGCUCACCCGCCUCCAGCAAGUGUACCCAGAUCUGCCGCGAGCCCAUUUCAUCUCGCACAUGGUCGACACGCUCGAGAGCUGCCUCAGUGAGUUGUGGGGUCCAGAUUGGCGCGACAUCUCCGAGGACUUGCCGAGAAGCAAGUAUAAAAAGCUUCGCCAGAGCACAGUGCAUCAGGCAGGCGGACAGACGUAUACGACGUUACGCUCCAUGCAUGCCUGCGCGCGCUACGGCAUGACGACGCUCACCAGCAACAUGGACAGCGUCCAGUGGCUGCUCAAGGAGAUGAGUCGUCGACCAUACUCGGAGCAGACUCGAAAGAUUUUGAACGAUGCGUCGGCGAACGAGCUCGAGGCUCUGCGAACGCAACAAGAUCCAUUUUACUCGUGCUUUAUCGUGCUGCACCCCCGAUCGCUGAGCGAGCAGAUGCGUGUGACCACAACCGCACCCGCAUGGAGAGAGGUGCUCGAAGGGUAUCCCGGGGUUCUAGGCCCGCCAGUGACGUCCGAUAGCCAAGAAGGGCGACGCGGAGCAGCGAGCUCAGCCGCCAAGGGUCACAACCAAUCAAACGCAAACCAUACGGUGGAAGAAGUGCAAGGCUACUCGAUCGAUGAUGGACAUGGCCCGCUACCGCCUUCCCCGCAAGAUGACCACAUCACUUCGUCGAGCGGCAUUCUGUACUCGAUGGACCCUCUGGCUCAAUCCAGGGACCACGAGAUCGAAACAACGCGCGAUGAGAGUGCGCUUCAUCUAUCCUGCCGAAGCGAUAGCUUUGUCGGAGCCACUCCUCCAGAACCCAUCAAAAAGACAAGCAUGCCUCCACUGACGCCACUCGGCUUGCAGCCCGAGGUGGAGCCCAUCUUCUACCAGGGCAACGCUGCAGAUGUCCACGACCAGGCCGAAAUGACCUCGCGAAAGAGACAAGCGCGCCGAGCUCGCAGGUGGGUGCUUGGACCCAAGCCACCAGCACGCCUGGACAUUCGGCAUUACCGUUGGUGGCCCCUCGGCCGCAUUGAGCGCAAAUGGGAUCGAUGGACGCAGCCUUUUGCCUGGAAGGAUCCUGAAGCGCGGGACGGUACGUAUGGCAACGGCCACUUUGCCGACGAGCAAGGCUACCAAAACAAUGUGCAGCCUGGACUUGCUUGGUGGCGAGCCAUUGUGGCCGAUGCUAAGCUCAACAGGCUGCAUUGGGUGGUGCUGUGUCUGGUCUAUGUGGGCUGGAUCUUGGGGUUCGCCUACUUGGCCAAAUCGCUGUGGUACCAGUCGGCAGUUGUGGGCUUUGACGGCGUCUCGCGAACGCCGGCGUUUCUGUCAUGCACGUCGACGUACUGGCUGCGCAAUGCCGAGUGCGGCUUGGACGGUGAAGCGUGCGAGCCUUUCUUCACUGCGGCUGGUCAAGUGGGGCAGGCAUUCCGGUGUCCGGCUGACUGCAUCGAUGUGACGCUGUUGAAUCCGCGUGCGGUGGGUGAUCAGAGGGUCAACUACGAACCGCUGGUGGUCGGGGGAGGUGAUGCCAAUGGGACGUAUCGCGCCGAUUCGUUUGUGUGCGCUGCUGCGAUCCACGCCGGGGUGAUCAGGAACACCCAGGGAGGGUGUGGCUCGGUGCGGUUGAUCGGUGCCCAUGCCGGGUUCGAGGCGAGCAGGGCCAAUGGGAUCCGCUCGAUCGAGUUUGAUUCGGCAUUUCCGAUGGCCUAUCGAUUCGAAACCAUCGAGGGGCAAGGAGAUUGCACGGACCGACGCUGGCAAGGCUACGUGGUGAAUGCGAUCAUGUCUGCGGUGGUGGGCUUUGUCCUGCGUCCGAAACGCAUCGUGUGGUUCUGGACGCUAGCCUGCGUGGGCUACUGGCACAUUAAUCUCGUCUCCUAUCCGCGUGACUAUCCGCCACCGAUCGGGGCUGCGAUGGGGACGUUCUUGCCCUUCUUGUUCACGUGCUAUGCGAUCUGGCGGCUGGCGUUCCGGUUCGUCUGGCCGGCCUUUGCGCAUGUUCCCGUGGAAGCGACCGUGUGGACGCUGGCGUUCUGGUGGUUGGGCGUGCUGUUGAAUGUGGUUUUUGGCAAGGUGCCGAUCCAGCGGUUGGUGGCGAGGGAUAUUGCGCAGCAGCCGGGCAGCGUGGUGGCGGUAAUCGUGCUGGCGGUGGUGGUGUUGGUGAUUGCGGUGAACCAGGUGCGAGUCAUGUGGAAGACGGGAUGGUUGGCCAAGUAUGUUUCACUGUACGUGGUGGGAGGCGUGCUGGUGGGGCUGGCGGCGGCAGUGCCCGGCGAGACGCUCCGGCUGCAUCAUUACAUUAUCGCACUGGUGCUGCUGCCGGCAUGUGCGUUCCCGACACGGUUGUGUUUGGCGUACAUUGCGUUCUGCUUUGGCAUGUUUACCAACGGCGUGGCGAGGUGGGGGUUCGACGGCCUGUUGGAGGACGACGCGGUGGUGCAGGGCGAUGCGACGGGCGGAACUGCAAGGCCGACAUUCAACACUACCGCCACCACAUGGGCUGGAGCGGGAGGCGUGGUGCAGUGGAACCCCAUCCCGUCGAGCUUGGCCGCCGACUGGGAUGCUUAUGCGUUGCUGGUGGACGAUGUGCUGCGGUACCAGGGCGAUGCGACGAGUUUCAACCUGAGCAGCAGCUUGUUGGACGUCUAUGCGCAGGAGAGGGCGGGCGAUGGACAGAGCCAGCAGAGUAUGCCGAGCAACGCAACGCUGUUGGCUUCGCCGCACUACUUGAGGCUGGCGUACAGCUCGCAGGGCAGUCCCGGGGAUUUCACCAGGGCCGCAACCGCGUGGUUGGGCAAUGCAACGUGGAAGGAUGCGCCGCCUGGAGCGACGUAA